GCUUCAAGCGUUAGUGCAACAUUGCAUAGGUACGAAGCUGAACCCGUUCCACUCGAAUUUUGCAAAGUGUUGCUUCUUCACGUCGCAUUGCUAACGAACUAUUGAACAACAAAAACAAAGGCAGAAUACAGAAUACAGAAGCACGAUCGACAAAACGCAUCCGAACGACUAGGUGCCUUUGUUAAUUACAUACAUACACUCUCCCAACUCGUACCUUCAUCCCUGGUAGUGUCAAAUCCAAACACCAGGGUCAGACCAGAAGAAGUAUACAAGAACAAGCAUCGCGAUUUUCAAGUAGUUGUUGUCACCAUGAUUGCGAAAUCUCUCUCGAUACUUGUGUUUGUUUUUCUAUCCGAAAGCAUGGGCUUUGUUGUUGCUGAUGUGGUUUCCAUUGCGAUGGAGAACCCAAUUGCUCACCAACAGCGAUGCACGUCGCGAACUUUUUCUCGGACAGAGGGUGGCGCCAUGAUUGUGGCCCCUCUUUUCGAUGACAAGAAUGCAACAGACGAUGACGAAACGGACGGUGUCGGCGACUGGGAUGCCCUCUAUCCGUUCUGCCCAGAUGGCUAUUAUUGCGACCUGUCGGAAGAAACAGACAAAGACGGGGCUAGCUUUGUACUAGGGCUUUGCAGGCCGUGCUCUGGGAGUUUCGACGCAUGCGAGCCUGAUCCCGCCCUCACCGAAGGCACCGGCAGCGAGGCAUCUACGGAGUAUUUUAUGGGACAAGCGGUCGCCGCGGAGUGCAAAGCUCAGUGCGGGACGGAAACGAACACGUGUUCGUUCACGAAACCAUGCUCCAAUGGUUUGUUUUGCAACUUCGAGAACGGCAUCGAGGGUGGCCGCUGCGAGGGGUGCCCCGUUCACAUGUACUUUUGUGAAAACGAAAACCGUGAAAACCUCGGCCAGAACCUCAAGAACCUCACAGACGAUGGAGUUUUCGCCUGUCAAUCGUCGUGUAGUGUGAAUUGCAACCCCGAGGGUGCGCUCAGGAUCACGGAGCAAGCACCAGAAACUUCCGAUCGAGAAGAGGAUACUACAGCUAUUGACGACGUGGUGAUACUAUUUGGAUCACCGCAGAUGACCGCAACCGGUCCGAUUGUGAACUGCGGAUUGGGUUUGGAGCCGUGCGAAGGCGCAGCAGGCGCAGUUUGUUUUAUAGAGCGUGGUAAAGCCCCAUUUUCUAACAAGACUAUUAACUGUUACGAAGGAGGUGGUGUUGCCGCUGUAAUUUACAACGUAGAGGCGAAAUGCGACAAUAUUGACGGAACUUUUAAUGGACGUGAGACUUUCAUCCCAACCGUAACGUUGAGGCACAUUGAUGGGAAAUCUAUACUGAAACAAGUCGCUGCAAUGCCAGAAGGAACACAUUUGCUAGCUACAGUUGAGGUUGGUGGCAUCGAUAGAUCUCCCGGAGACUGUUGGCUAGGUUGCACCGAGGGCAAUGAAUGCGAAGGAACGGAUUUGGAGUGCAAUUUCGACAACAUCGAGUACGGUGAUUGCAGAGCGACGGAGUUUCGAGUCGAUUGCAAUCAAAUGUUUACAGACGGUCUUACUGGACACUUGCCGUGCACUUCUGAGACAGAAUUCUGCGACUUUAGCAAGGGGAGAAGAGGCUUCUGUGCCCAGUGUCCCGAAACCGAUGCGGACUGUUUCUUUCUCGACCUGAACGGUCAAGGAGCAACAGAGUGUGUCGCGAAAUGUUUCACCAGUCCUGUAGAGCAAACGGAACUGCGGUCUGCACCGUGCAAAUUCUGUCCGAGGGGACAAUUUGAAAUCGGAGAUGUUGGAGAUGGUUACUUUUCAACCGAAAAGGAUGUGGAGGUGGAAACUCCCUGCCAAUUUUGCGCGGCCAAAUCUGAAGCAACCUGUGCCGACGUCGAAAAUUGGGACAUGGAGUAUCCAUACCGGACGUAAGUUGGUUUUGAUCUUCCGGGAGUUUAGUUUGAUAAACAAUUUUUGUUGCGGUUUCAUUGCUAACUAUUUACUUAUGUAUGAUUUUUCUCUCAGGAUUGAAAUGUUCCCAGAUGUUUAUGUCGAAUGCUGGGCAGUAGCCGAGUUUUACCGUAGGAUGAACAUAGAGGCAGAUACUCCAGAGUGUGCAUCUGGCAGAAGCUGGAACUACAUUUGUGGCUGCAGUGACUCACUCGGAUAUGCAGGAGCAAAAACCAAGAAGAAACAACUCAUGUUGGAAUGGUUCCCACGRGUUGGAGCUAUAUUAUCCAUUUUGGUAAGAGCCCCGAUCUUGUGAAGUUUUUAUACAAGUGUUUGUUGCAUUUUUCAAGACCGGAAUUUUCAUGUAACACGUUCUUUUUCGCCUUCUUCAUGCAAUUUUUCGAAAUACGUAGGGGUCUUCCUUUAUGAUCAUUGGUGUCCUGAGAGAUAAGCAAAAGCGCAAGAGAGUGAUAGGCGAACUCAUCAUUUUCUUAUGCUGCUUUGAUAUCAUCGGUUCAAUUGCAUAUGCAUUUACAA